AUGCCUUCUGCCACGGAAAUGUUCUACGAGUCCCAGGCCAUCCCUACCGCCUUUGAGCUCAGCAAGGGUUUGUCCAAAAAUCCAAAGUCAUCGAGGCGUCUAGAUAUCAUUGAUAUCCGCCAGGCGGCUGUGGAGUUGAACCUCAAGGAGGAAAUUCACCAACUAUUGCGGCCCCAAGAAGGCCCACGAAAACUCCCAACCCUGCUACUAUACGAUGAAAGGGGUCUGCAGUUGUUCGAACAGAUCACCUAUUUGGAAGAAUACUACCUGACCAACUCGGAAAUACAAGUGCUUAGAAGCUCUGCCCAGGCUAUUGCCAAGGCCAUCCCCUCAGGGUCCAUGGUCGUCGAGCUUGGGUCUGGCAACUUGAGAAAAGUACAAAUCUUGCUCCAAGCUCUAGAGGAUGCUGGAAAAGACAUUGACUACUAUGCUCUGGAUCUGGACAAGCGGGAACUCGAGCGCACUCUGGCCCAGGUACCAGCAUUUCGCUUCGUCACAUGCCAUGGCUUGCACGGCACCUACGAUGAUGGUCGGGUGUGGCUAAAGAAUUCAUCCGUCUCAGCACGGCCAAAGUGUGUCAUGAGUUUGGGGUCAAGCAUUGGCAACUUCCACCGCUCUGAUGCUGCCGCAUUUCUCCGGAGCUUCUCGGAUGUGCUUCAGCCUUCAGACACAUUCCUGCUGGGACUGGACUCGUGCACGAAUCCGUCAAAAGUCUAUCAUGCAUACAAUGACCGACACGGCGUAACCCAUCAGUUCAUUCUGAAUGGUCUUCGUCAUGCGAAUGAGGUCCUCGAGGACGAGGUAUUCAACCUCGAUGAAUGGCAGGUUAUUGGCGAAUACGUCUAUGACGUUGAGGGCGGCCGCCAUCAGGCUUUCUAUUCUCCGUCUCGCGAUGUGACUAUCCUGGGCGAGAAUAUUAAGGCACAGGAGCGAAUUCAGGUUGAACAGAGCCUGAAGUACUCGGAAGAUGGCAUGAAGAAACUGUGGUCUGAAGCAGGAGUAGUCGAGACGGACCGAUGGAUGACGGACAACAACGAGUACGGACUUCAUUUGUUGACCAAGCCUACGACUAUGCCAUUCAGCCUGGACCCGCGCCAAUACGCCGGCUCCGUACUGCCAACUCUAGAUGAUUGGAAGGCUCUCUGGUCGACAUGGGACACCGUCACACAACGAAUGCUGCCCGAUGAGGAGUUGUUGGAGAAACCAAUCAAGCUGAGAAAUGCUUGUAUUUUCUACCUUGGCCACAUACCAACCUUCCUAGACAUUCAGCUGACCAAGACUACGAAACAACCGCCAACUGAGCCUGUAUCGUAUUCUGCAAUAUUCGAAAGGGGUAUCGACCCAGAUGUGGACAACCCAGAGCACUGUCACAGCCAUUCGGAAAUUCCAGAUGAGUGGCCUAAGCAAGCAGACAUCCUACGCUACCAGAACAAUGUGCGUGUCAGGUUGACCGGACUCUACUCACAUGGCCCAGAAAGUAUACCCCGGGACGUAGCAAGAGCCAUCUGGGUGGGAUAUGAGCAUGAGUUGAUGCACAUGGAAACACUUCUUUACAUGAUGCUACAGAGUGACAAGACCCUGCCCCCGCCUCAUAUACCUCGUCCAGAUUUCAAAGGCCUUGCCCGGAAAGCAUAUGCCGAGAGGACGGCGAAUGAAUGGUUCACCAUCCCCGAGCAGCACAUACUCGUUGGGCUGAACGACCCUGAGGAUGACGAGAGAUUUAAAGGGCACUUUGGCUGGGAUAACGAGAAACCGGCUCGUAAAAUAAAUGUCAAGUCUUUCCAGGCAAAAGGGCGACCAAUCACAAACGAAGAGUAUGCCUACUACAUGUACGAGACGAAGGUAACCAAGAUCCCGGCAUCCUGGGCCGAGGCACCGCAACAUCACGUCAAUGGUAGCAACGGGACCAGUCACGAGCACACUAACGGGCAAGCGAACGGCCACGCAAAUGGCCACGUCAACGGCCACGUGAAUGGUAGCCACGAUACUGGUUCUACUCUGCUGCCCUCAUCCUUCUUGGAUGACAAGACAGUUCGAACCAUUUACGGUCUUGUGCCUUUAGAGUAUGCUCUAGAUUGGCCUGUAUUUGCCUCUUAUGAUGAGUUGGCGGGUUGUGCUGCUUGGAUGGGCGGUCGUAUUCCAACCUUUGAGGAAGCCAGGAGCGUAUAUGCCUACGUCGAUUACCUGAAGAAGAAGGAAGCAGAGCGUAAGCUCGGCAAGACAGUACCGGCAGUAAACGGACAUCUCGUCAACGACGGUGUUGAGGAGACACCACCAUCACGAGGUUUCGGCAUGCAGGUCAAUGGAGAGGCGUCCGAAAAUGACGACUCCUUCGUUGACCUCGAAGGUUCCAAUGUCGGUUUCAACCAUUGGCAUCCAAUGCCCAUAACGUCCCGCGGCAACCGCUUAGCUGGCCAGUCCGAGAUGGGCGGUGUUUGGGAAUGGACCAGCUCUCAUUUGACUCGGCAUGAGGGGUUCGAGCCAAUGGCCCUGUAUCCUGCCUACACCUCCGACUUCUUUGAUGGAAAGCACAAUGUUGUCCUCGGUGGUUCCUGGGCCACGCAUCCUCGCAUCGCAGGGCGCAAAUCCUUGUGA